AUGGCGACCCGGAGCAGCAGGAGGGAGUCGCGACUCCCCUUCCUAUUCGCCCUGGUCGCGCUGCUGCCGUCCGGGGCUCGGGGCGAGGAGGACCGGGCGCCGACACUGCGCGGCGGCCGCGCGCCCUGGCCCCAGGACCGGGGCUUCUUCGUGGUGCAGGGCGACCCGCGCGAGCUGCGGCCGGGGGCGCGUCGGGAUGCCAGGGGGGCGAGCCCCGCCGAUCGCGAGCAGCCCCGGACGCGACGGAGCGCUGCCCUGCACCCUGAGCCCAUCCAGGUGUACGGACAGGUCAGUCUGAAUGAUUCUCACAAUCAGAUGGUGGUACACUGGGCUGGAGAGAAAAGCAACGUGAUUGUGGCCUUAGCCCGAGACAGCCUGGCACUGGCAAGACCCAAGAGCAGUGAUGUGUAUGUGUCUUACGACUAUGGAAAAUCAUUCAAUAAAAUUUCAGAGAAACUGAACUUCGGUGUGGGAAAUAACAGCAAAGCCGUGAUUGCCCAGUUCUACCACAGUCCUGCAGACAACAAGCGGUACAUCUUUGCUGACGCUUAUGCCCAGUACCUGUGGCUCACCUUUGACUUCUGCAGCACCAUCCAUGGCUUUUCCAUCCCCUUCCGGGCAGCCGACCUCCUCCUCCACAGCAAGGCCUCCAACCUUCUCCUGGGCUUCGACAGGUCUCACCCCAACAAGCAGCUAUGGAAAUCGGAUGAUUUUGGCCAGACCUGGAUCAUGAUUCAGGAACACGUGAAGUCCUUUUCUUGGGGAAUUGAUCCGUACGACAAGCCCAAUACCAUCUACGUUGAGCGGCAUGAACCCUCUGGCUACUCUACAGUGUUCCGAAGUACAGACUUCUUCCAGUCCCGGGAAAACCAGGAAGUGAUCCUUGAGGAAGUGAGGGACUUUCAGCUUCGGGACAAGUACCUGUUUGCCACAAAGGUGGUGCAUCUCCUGGGCAGCCAGCAGCAGUCUUCUGUCCAGCUCUGGGUCUCCUUUGGCCGGAAGCCCAUGCGAGCAGCCCAGUUUGUCACAAGACAUCCUAUUAAUGAGUACUACAUUGCUGACGCCUCGGAGGACCAGGUGUUCGUGUGCGUCAGCCACAGUGACCACCGCACGAAUUUAUACAUCUCGGAAGCAGAAGGCCUGAAAUUCUCCCUGUCCUUGGAGAAUGUGCUAUACUAUAGCCCGGGAGGGGCCGGCAGUGACACCCUGGUGAGGUAUUUUGCAAAUGAGCCCUUUGCUGACUUUCAUCGUGUAGAAGGGUUACAAGGAGUCUACAUUGCUACCCUGAUCAAUGGCUCUAUGAAUGAAGAGAACAUGAGAUCAGUCAUCACCUUUGACAAAGGAGGAACCUGGGAAUUUCUUCAGGCUCCAGCCUUCACUGGAUAUGGGGAGAAAAUCAAUUGUGAGCUUUCUCAGGGCUGCUCCCUCCACCUAGCCCAGCGUCUCAGUCAGCUGCUCAACCUCCAGCUCCGGAGGAUGCCCAUCCUGUCCAAGGAGUCAGCCCCCGGCCUCAUCAUUGCUACCGGCUCCGUGGGAAAGAACUUGGCCAGCAAGACCAACGUGUACGUCUCCAGCAGUGCAGGAGCCAGGUGGAGAGAGGCCCUUCCUGGACCUCAUUACUACACGUGGGGGGACCAUGGUGGCAUCAUCAUGGCCAUUGCCCAGGGCAUGGAGACCAACGAGCUGAAAUACAGCACCAAUGAAGGGGAGACCUGGAAGACAUUCAUCUUCUCUGAAAAGCCCGUGUUUGUGUACGGGCUCCUCACAGAACCCGGGGAGAAGAGCACUGUCUUCACCAUCUUUGGCUCUAAUAAGGAGAAUGUCCACAGCUGGCUCAUCCUGCAGGUCAAUGCCACUGACGCCUUGGGGGUCCCCUGCACGGAGAACGACUACAAGCUAUGGUCCCCGUCUGAUGAGCGGGGCAAUGAGUGUUUGCUGGGACACAAGACUGUCUUCAAACGCAGGACCCCGCAUGCUACGUGCUUUAACGGAGAAGACUUUGACAGGCCGGUGGUGGUGUCCAAUUGCUCCUGCACGCGGGAGGACUAUGAAUGUGACUUCGGUUUCAAGAUGAGUGAAGAUUUGUCAUUAGAGGUUUGUGUUCCAGACCCAGAAUUUUCUGGGAAGCCCUCUAGCCCUCCUGUGCCUUGUCCCGUGGGUUCUACGUACAGGAGAACAAGAGGCUACCGGAAGGUUUCUGGAGACACUUGCAGUGGAGGAGAUGUUGAAGCAAGACUGGAGGGCGAACUGGUACCCUGUCCCCUGGCAGAGGAGAAUGAGUUCAUCCUGUACACCAUGCGGAAGUCCAUCCACCGCUAUGACCUCGCCUCGGGAGCCACGGAGCAGCUGCCGCUCACGGGGCUGCGGGCCGCGGUGGCCCUGGACUUUGACUAUGAGCGCAACUGCCUGUAUUGGUCUGACCUGGCACUGGACACUAUCCAGCGCCUCUGUUUGAAUGGGAGCACAGGGCAAGAGGUGAUUAUCAACUCGGGUCUGGAGACGGUGGAAGCUUUGGCCUUCGAACCCCUCAGCCAGUUACUUUACUGGGUGGAUGCUGGCUUUAAAAAAAUUGAGGUCGCUAAUCCAGACGGUGACUACCGACUCACAAUUGUCAACUCCUCUGUGUUGGAUCGGCCCAGGGCUCUGGUCCUUGUGCCUCAAGAAGGGGUCAUGUUCUGGACUGACUGGGGAGACUUGAAGCCGGGAAUUUAUCGGAGCAACAUGGAUGGUUCUGCUGCCCAUCGUCUGGUAUCAGAGGAUGUGAAGUGGCCCAACGGCAUCUCCGUGGACAGUGAGUGGAUCUACUGGACCGACGCCUACCUGGACUGUAUUGAGCGCAUCACGUUCAGUGGCCAGCAGCGCUCGGUCAUCCUGGACAACCUCCCGCACCCCUAUGCCAUUGCUGUCUUUAAGAAUGAAAUCUACUGGGACGACUGGUCACAGCUCAGCAUAUUCCGAGCUUCCAAAUAUAGUGGAUCGCAGAUGGAGGUUCUGGAGAGCCAGCUCACAGGCCUGAUGGACAUGAAGAUCUUCUACAAGGGCAAGAACACUGGAAGAAACGCCUGUGUGCCCCAGCCCUGCAGCCUGCUGUGCCUCCCCAAAGCCAACAACAGCAAAAGCUGCAGGUGUCCUGAUGGUGUAGCCAGCAGUGUCCUCCCCUCGGGGGACCUGAUGUGUGACUGUCCUCAGGGCUAUCAGCUGAAGAACAAUACCUGUGUUAAAGAAGAGAACACCUGUCUUCGCAACCAGUAUCGCUGUAGCAACGGGAACUGUAUCAACAGCAUUUGGUGGUGUGACUUCGACAAUGACUGUGGAGACAUGAGCGAUGAGAGGAACUGCCCCACCACGGUCUGUGAUGUGGACACCCAGUUCCGGUGCCAGGAGUCAGGGACUUGUAUCCCGCUCUCCUAUAAGUGCGACCUUGAGGAUGACUGUGGGGACAACAGUGAUGAGAGUCACUGUGAAACGCACCAGUGCCGCAGCGACGAGUACAACUGCAGCUCGGGGAUGUGCAUCCGCUCGUCCUGGGUGUGCGACGGGGACAACGACUGCCGGGACUGGUCUGACGAAGCCAACUGUACUGCCAUCUACCACACCUGUGAGGCCUCCAACUUCCAGUGUCGGAACGGGCACUGCAUUCCCCAGCGGUGGGCGUGUGACGGUGACUCGGAUUGCCAGGACGGCUCUGAUGAGGAUCCCAUCAGUUGUGAGAAAAAGUGCAAUGGGUUCCACUGCCCAAAUGGCACUUGCAUCCCAUCCAGCAAGCACUGUGACGGGCUGCAGGACUGCUCGGAUGGCUCCGAUGAACAGCACUGCGAGCCCUUCUGCACGCGCUUCAUGGACUUUGUGUGUAAGAACCGCCAGCAAUGUCUCUUCCACUCCAUGGUGUGUGACGGGAUCAUCCAAUGCCGUGAUGGCUCUGAUGAGGACCCCACCUUCGCAGGAUGCUCCCAAGACCCUGAGUUCCACAAGACAUGUGAUGAGUUCGGCUUCCAGUGUCAGAAUGGCGUGUGCAUCAGCUUGAUUUGGAAAUGUGACGGGAUGGAUGACUGUGGGGAUUACUCUGAUGAAGCCAACUGUGAAAACCCCACGGAAGUCCCAAACUGUUCUCGCUACUUCCAGUUCCGGUGUGAGAAUGGCCACUGCAUUCCCAACAGGUGGAAAUGUGACCGGGAGAAUGACUGUGGAGACUGGUCUGAUGAGAAGGAUUGUGGAGAUUUGCAUGUUCUUCCCUCCCCCACUACCGGGCCCUCCACGUGUCUGCCCAAUUACUUCCGCUGCAGCAACGGGGCUUGUGUGAUGGACACCUGGGUGUGUGAUGGCUACCGGGACUGUGCAGAUGGCUCAGACGAGGAAGCCUGCCCCUCUUUUGCAAACGUCACUGCCGCCUCCACUCCUACCCACCUUGGACGGUGUGACCGAUUUGAGUUUGAGUGCCACCAACCAAAGAAAUGUAUCCCCAACUGGAAACGCUGUGAUGGCCACCAGGAUUGCCAGGGCGGCCAGGACGAGGCCAACUGCCCCACGCACAGCACCUUGACGUGUGUGAGCAGGGAGUUCAAGUGCGAGGAUGGCGAGGCCUGCAUCGUGCUCUCGGAGCGCUGUGACGGCUUCUUGGACUGCUCAGAUGAGAGUGACGAGAAGGCUUGCAGCGAUGAGUUAACUGUUUACAAAGUACAGAACCUUCAGUGGACAGCUGACUUUUCUGGGGAUGUAACCUUGACCUGGAUGCGUCCCAAAAAAAUGCCUUCUGCCUCUUGUGUAUACAACGUCUACUACAGGGUGGUUGGAGAGAGUAUAUGGAAGACCCUGGAGACCCACAGCAAUAAAACCAAUACUGUGCUCAGAGUCUUGAAACCAGACACUACCUAUCAGGUUAAAGUCCAAGUUCAGUGUCUCAGCAAAGUGCACAACACAAAUGACUUUGUGACUCUGAGGACUCCAGAAGGAUUGCCUGACAGCCCUCGAAACCUCCAGCUGUCACUCCACAGUGAAGCAGAAGGUGUGAUCGUUGGUCACUGGACUCCUCCCAUGCACACCCAUGGUCUCAUUCGUGAGUACAUUGUGGAAUACAGCAGGAGUGGUUCUAAGAUGUGGGCCUCCCAGAGGGCUGCUAGUAACUCCACAGAAAUAAAGAACUUACUGGUCAAUACCCUCUACACUGUCAGAGUGGCUGCGGUGACUAGUCGUGGAAUAGGAAACUGGAGCGAUUCUAAAUCCAUCACCACCAUAAAAGGAAAAGUGAUCCCACCACCAGAUAUCCACAUUGACAGCUGUGGUGAAAAUUCUCUGAGCUUCACCCUGACCAUGGACAGCGAUAUCAAGGUCAGUGGCUUUGUGGUGAACCUCUUCUGGGCAUUUGAUACCCACAAGCAAGAGAAGAGGACUUUGAACUUCCGAGGGAGCUCACUGUCACAUAAAGUUGACAACCUGACAGCUCAUACAUCCUAUGAGAUUUCUGCCUGGGCCAAGACAGACUUGGGGGAUAGUCCACUGGCAUUUGAGCAUGUCCUGACCAGAGGAGUUCGCCCACCUGCUCCUAGUCUCAAAGCCAAGGCCGUCAACCAGACUGCUGUAGAGUGCACCUGGACUGGCCCCAAGAAUGUGGUUUAUGGUGUUUUCUAUGCCACAUCCUUUCUGGACCUCUACCGAAACCCAAAGAGCGUGACUACUUCACUCCACAAUAAAACAGUCAUUGUCAACAAGGAUGAGCAGUAUUUGUUUCUGGUCCGUGUAUUGAUACCUUACGAAGGCCCAUCUUCCGACUAUGUUGUGGUGAAGAUGAUCCCAGACAGCAGGCUUCCACCCCGCCACCUGCAUGCAGUCCAUAUAGGAAAAACCUCAGCUGUCAUCAAGUGGGAAUCACCUUACGACUCUCCUGACCAGGACUUGUUCUAUGCAAUUACAGUUAAAGAUCUGAUAAGAAAGACUGACAGGAGCUACAAAGUCAAAUCCCACAACAGUACUGUGGAGUACACUCUGAGCAAGUUGGAACCUGGAGGAAAGUACCAUGUCAUUGUCCAGCUGGGGAACAUGAGCAAGGAGUCUAGCAUAAAAAUCACCACAGUUCCAUUAUCAGCACCCGAUGCCUUAAAAAUCAUAACAGAAAAUGACCACGUUCUUCUGUUUUGGAAAAGUCUAGCUUUAAAGGAAAAGCAGUUUAAUGAAACCAGGGGCUACGAGAUACACAUGUUUGAUAGUGCCAUGAAUCUCACCGCUUACCUUGGGAAUACUACCGACAAUUUCUUUAAAGUUUCCAACCUGAAGAUGGGUCAUAAUUACUCAUUCUCUGUGCAAGCAAGAUGCCUUGUGGGCAGUCAGAUCUGUGGGGAGCCUGCGGUGCUGCUGUAUGGCGAGCUGAGCUCUGGUGGAGAUACAGCAGCGGUCCAGGCUGCCAGGUCCACGGAUGUUGCUGCUGUGGUGGUUCCCAUCUUGUUCCUGAUCCUUCUGAGCCUAGGGGUUGGGUUUGCCAUCCUAUACACAAAGCACCGGCGGCUGCAGAGCAGCUUUACUGCUUUCGCCAACAGCCACUACAGCUCCAGGCUGGGCUCGGCCAUCUUCUCCUCUGGGGAUGACCUAGGGGAGGACGAUGAAGAUGCUCCAAUGAUAACUGGAUUUUCAGACGACGUCCCCAUGGUGAUAGCGUGAAAAAAAAGCUUUCCUCAUUAGAAACCAAAUGGUGUAAAUAUUUUAUUUGAUAAAGAUAGUUGAUGGUUUAUUUUAAAAGAUGCACUUUGAGUUGCAAUAUGUUAUUUUUCUAUGGGCCAAAACCACAAAAACAACAAAAAAAAAAUUAAAAAGCAAAGAAAGGAAUGACUAAACUUUGUAGUAUCAACUGUGAACUUCAAGCCAGGUUGAUUUUAGUAAUAGCCACAUUGCUUUAACUUGACAUUGAUGUCUUCUUACAGGGCUGUGCUUGCUGGGCAUGCUUUUAAGUCUGUGAGAUAAUUUUGAUUUAAUAAAUUGAUCAUUCUUUUUAUUUUUCUAAGACACAGAAAUGUAUUUAAUAAAAACUUCAAGAGAGAGCGAUGGUUGGAGUCCAUUCUCCUUGAAAGUAUUCAAAUUUGAAAUUUUGUUUGGAUUCAGUUUACAUGAAAGUGUUAAGAUGUCUUUUGGAGGAGGUUCUUUUAUGUUGUUUUGUUAAUUUAUUGGGACUCUACAUAAGGCCAGGCUUCAGUGAUCGUGUGACACUGUGUGUAUUCAGAGCCUCUUGCUCCACAGGCUGUGGGGUGGGGAAAUGAAGUGCUUGCUGCCAUUCCAAAGCCAGCCUCUUUUCUCCACGUGAGUGUCUUGUUCAGGUCUUUGGCAGAAGAAAGCCUGGAGUCGGUGCCAGCCUCCAGGUGUGCAUGGCCCCUGCGGGCCAGGGCACUUCUCCUCUGUGGUGGAUGGGCUUCUCUGUAUAUGCCUCUGGACUGCAUGAAGCUUCAACUGGUACCCUGUGAUAACACUGUUUUCUUACACUCUGGGAUCAUUGUCAUUGUAAUAAGGAUUUGCUCUAGUUGUGCAAGAAAUUUCUAGAUCUGUGUCAUGAUGGAUCUGCUGGCAAAUGCAGUAAUGUGAUACUUCCAUUUUCAGUUUUUGCUUCAUUUUAUUAUUUUUUUUUUCAGUUACCACCAAAGAAUCUCAAAUGUUAAAUUUUAUAUUGGGGCUGAGCCACUAAAUCAUCCUCAAAAUUCCAUGCUGGUAGAUGCAAUCAGUUUGAAUUUGGUCAGUGCCUUCCCUGGAAUUCUUUUCUUUCUACUUUCUCUCCUGUGCCCCCACCCAACCUACAGAGAGAGCUUGCGCGGCGAUUGAGGGGAAUUAAGCCUUUGGCCACUCCAUCCCGCAUGCAGAGGGAACAACUCUAGAGUUGUUCAUUUACUCUCUCUAUUAAACAAGAUGUGUUUCCCCCUUUCUGUCAUAUAAGUGCAACCCUUGUAUUCCAGUUAUGGUACUUGGAAGUACUGUGGCCCCAUGCCCAUGUUUUAGAUGUGGCCCGUGCAGGUACUGAUGUCUAGCAUUAUUGUCACUUGUACUGUAUGAACAGCCUCACUAUAGAAUUUCCUCCCAGCCAAGAAGCGAGCUCUGGGAGUUUGGUCCUUUGUAUGCAAGCUUUGUAAAACCCAAUCUCCCUUUCCAUGCAGUGUGUCAUCUACUCAUGAAUGUUGUUUCUUUUAAGUGAAAGCAUCAUUCUUUCUUGGGUUGAAAUGUAGUCUCCUUUACCAAAUCAUUUAGCAAAAUAAAGGAGCCAAUUAAAUUUUUAGUUAAAAAUUGUUAUUUAUCCAUAUAUGUAUAUUUUUUAGAUGAGGAGUGUUUUGAUCUCUAGAUAUUUAGUGUGCCGUGUGGGUAGGCCUUAGUUCCUGUGCCGUGGUGGGAGUGAUAUGUCUCCCUGUGGCUUGUUUUUCUCUUCUUUCGCUCACUCUCAGCCCCCCCCUUUCUCCAGAUCGGGGUUUCUUUGGCAUUAUCUUUGUCUCGCUUUAGAGUUGUUGUUGUGUUUUCUUCAGUACUCCUACAACCCUACCACUUCCACUUUAAUAAACAAUUCCAGUAGCUGAAAGAUUUAUAGUCUGGUGGGAGGCAAGCCAUUUAAUCGAGCCAUGAAAAAGUAUAUUUUUCUUCUUUUCUUUUUCUGCCAAUUUUUUGAUGGCAUUUGUAAAGCUGGUGUAAAGGCUCUGAGAUGUUAUUUUCAAUUAUUCCAUAGGCAAGGCUUUUUUUUUUUUUUUUUUUUUUUUAAACAGAGGAUAUGUCUCGGUCAGUAACCUGAGAUGUUUCUGAGUAUCCAGGCCUGUUUCCAGUGCCUGUGGAUGCUUAGCCCACAGUACUGUACAGACCGGCCGCCACCCCUCUCCUCGGAAGGUACACUGUGCUGUUUAGAAACAAGUAGCCUUGUAGGGCUCGAGUAUUUUAUAUACACAGAAGCGCUGAGGUCCUGAGGACUAAGCCAGAUAGAUGCAGCUAUGUGUAAAUUGUAUAUUUUUGUGAACUUAAAAGCAUGCACUCCUGCUUCCCUCUAUGUAAUGUUGUAGGGGUUUUGAUACCUGUGCUGUCUGCAUAAGUCCAGAGUGCGGAGUGACAAUAGGAAAUGAAAACUAAUGCUUUAUGCAGCCUUGGAAGGAGAUGGGUAAUUUUUCACUGUCUUUUCUCUGGAGUGCACCAUAAUGUCAGGUGUUGGCUUCCCUGUCGACCAUGUGGAAGCUGAGCUUUCCGCUUUCUGUACUGAACACUCGGAGCUGAGACACAGGUCCACAUGUGACUGCCAUGACAAAGGAGAGUUCCUUCGAGGAGUGGCUGCAUCUGAUCAGACCUGGGCUCAGACAGGUGAGAAACUCCGGCCCUGCCCUCUGGCUCACAAGCUGAAGAGGUCGCUAUGCUGCUGGACACCUGAGUGGGCGCUUCUGACUUUGGGAAGAGUGGUUCCUCCAGCUCUACCGCUGACUGUGUCACUGGGGAUAUUUGUGGGCAGGCAAGGGGACACACAGUUACAUGUGUUCUUUCCAUCCUGUGUGACCCACUGGAAUACACUUUAUUCUCCAAUAUAUAAAAUAUUUACUUCUGCAGGCACUGGCUUUUUUUGUGGGGGGUGCAUAACUGAAAAGAGGAAGUAUGGUGAGAUCCUUACAGGUUAGCACCCAUGUCUCCUUGGCACAUCCUGCCUUCUAAGGCCACCCAAUGGUCAGCGUAUCCAGUAAGACUGUAUUCCCAGGGCAAACCCCCCAUCUCAUCAGGUUUGAUUGUCCUCUGUCCCACUUAAGGGAGCUGUGGUGAGUUCCUCAUAAUUCUUUUCCUUUAGCAGAAGGGUGAGGGGGUUUCCACAGCAGAGAACCAAACAUAGCAGCAAACUGAAUGUCAUCCCUGUCGUGACUUUAGGAAUUGACUCUAAAACCCUGUGCAGAAUCUUCACUUGUAUUGGGACUGUAUCUUAGGAUUCCUGGUGUGUUAAUUUUCUCAGCUGGAGUGUGUGCUGCCUUUCAGGUACAAUUUUUGUGUAAUAAAACCCAGAACAUUAAGUUUA